AUGAAAGCCGACACCGAUGUAUGGAAACUAACCAGCACCGCAGGGCCGCUAGGGGAUUCUGUCUAUCCGAGAUUCUUGGAGCCCAUUCCCAACGUUACUGUCACCAUAGGAAGAGAUGCGGUUUUAGCCUGUGUUGUAGAGAAUUUGAGAGGCUAUAAGGUCGCGUGGGUCAGAGUCGAUACCCAGACGAUCCUUUCAAUACAUCACAACGUCAUCACUCAAAACCCGAGGAUAUCCCUCUCUUACAACGAUCAUCGGUCUUGGUAUCUGCAUAUCAAGAACGUCCAGGAGGUGGAUAGAGGCUGGUAUAUGUGCCAAAUCAACACCGACCCGAUGAGGUCAAGGAAAGGAUAUUUGCAAGUUGUUGGCAUGCUUGUUUUCGAUCAGUACGUGGUCAAUUUGAUUCGCAGUAUUACCACCUGGUGA